AUGGCAAGAAAGUGGAACGGGCGUGCGGUGGCCCGAGCCCUGGUCCUGGCCACUCUGUGGCUGGCUGUGGCUGGGCGUCCCCUGGCCCAGCAAUCCCAGUCUGUGCCAGGUGAAGAUCCACUCUUUCUCUACGGCUGGGGCAAGAUUACCCGCCUGCAGUACCUGUACUCCGCUGGUCCCUACGUCUCCAACUGCUUCCUCCGUAUCCGGAGCGACGGCUCUGUGGACUGCGAAGAGGACCAGAACGAACGAAAUUUGUUGGAGUUCCGCGCGGUCGCUCUGAAGACGAUUGCCAUCAAGGACGUCAGCAGCGUGCGGUACCUCUGCAUGAGCGCGGACGGCAAGAUAUACGGGCUGAUUCGCUACUCGGAGGAGGACUGCACCUUCAGGGAGGAAAUGGACUGUUUGGGCUACAACCAGUACAGGUCCAUGAAGCACCAACUCCACAUCAUCUUCAUCCAGGCCACGCCCAGAGAACAGCUCCAGGACCAGAAACCCUCAAACUUUAUCCCCGUGUUUCACCGCUCCUUCUUUGAAACAGAGGACCAGCUGAGGUCUAAAAUGUUCUCCCUGCCCCUGGAGAGCGACAGCAUGGAUCCGUUCAGGAUGGUGGAGGAUGUAGACCACCUGGUGAAGAGUCCCAGCUUCCAGAAAUGACAGGAUUCCGGCAGCAUGGAGAAAACCCCAAGAUCCCGUGGACCUCCCCUCAGGAGGCUGUACAUAUUCUCAGUCUCACAUGGACCCUGUCGUGUUAGUGGCUAGACUUGAUCAUGAACCUAAGUUGACAACCUGCCUGGCUGCCAUCGGAGCCCCACUGACUUUGGAGGCUGCUGGCAUGUGCCCAGGUUACUCCAGUUCUGUUUGAAUGCCUCCACUAACGGGGACCUCGCUCCUGUGAAACAUUCUUAGUUUUGAGCCAAAUCUGUGAGUUGGAUGGUUUUAGCAAGGUAGCCAGAAGGUAUGGAGUCAAAUGAUAAAAUUCAUGUAUAGAAAGUG